ACCACAUUCGUUGCAAAGUCGUGGCCGGCAAAAGUGUUGUAUAUCGGGAUUUGAAACAAUUAUUGUUACUCUAUUAAUGUUAAAUUAACAAAUAAAAAAAAACAUAUAAAAUUUUGUUUGAAAAUUAAACAAAAAAAACAAAGAAAAUAAAAAACAAGUUGUUUAAGAUUGAGAAAAAAUAGAAAUAAAAAAAUAUAUAUUAAUAAAAACAAAAUAAAAGUUAUAAAAAGAAAACAUGAAUUCAAGUGUUUAAGAGUAUUGGUAUAAAGUUAAAAUUAAAAUACCGUUAAUUCAACAAAAUACAUAAGAAAACUAAACCUUUGGGAUACGAACAACUACAACUGAAUUUUUUUCCAGAAAAAGGAGUGUCACAAUAUUGUUGUUAUCUCUGACAAGGAAUGUAGAGUAACCCAGCAAACAUAAGAGGGUGAGAGUAAGAGGAAUCCAGUAUUUGUAUAUUUAAAAAAAUAUCUGUUGGGUUAGAAUCAACUUGGAUGUGAGAAGUUAUUUUGUAUGAAGUCUUGAGUAUUUAACUGAACUCUACUAAAUAGAAACGCAGUCUAAAAACCCCAAAAAAGAAAGUGAAAUUUUAUAUAAAAAGAAAUUUAAGCAAAGUCCAACACAACUAAUAAUUAAAAUGGGAGAACAAGAAGAGAAAGAAACUCCUCAGACUGAGAGCACUCCACAGCAGGAGGUGGUUGAGGAACCCAAGGAAACCGACAAAAUGCUAGAAAAGAAAGACGAUGAAACUAAACAAAGUGCCGAGAAAUUGGCGGAAGAUAAAAAGAAAUCUGCUUCAAAACCCACUACACCAACGACCGAAAAGAAAGAUAAAGACUCAAAAGAGUCGGAUGAAAAGAAAGCUAAUGGUGGCGGAGAGGAAAUAAUAGAUAUACCAGAAGGUGGUGCUAAAACCGAAGCGGCAGAUGGUAGCGAUGAACGAAAGUUAUCGGCCGAAGAAAGAGAAGUCAAGCCCAAGAAAAUACCCAUUGGUGGUUUAAAGUUGCCUGGUUUCUUUAUGAAAAAUAAACCAAAGUCCGAUGGUGAUGGUGCCGAAGGUGAAUUGUUGGAAAAAGAAAAUAAAGAAGAAACGGAAGAGGGUGAGAGUAAACCCACGAAGAAGGAAGAGAAACCCGCCAAAAAUUUUGGUGAACGUUUGCGCAACUUUUUCGUACGCAAACCAGCCGAAAAACAAGCUAAACAGCAGGCUGCCAAUGCUGAAGCUGAUAAUAAAAGUGAAGCUACCGCAGAAGCAGCAGAAACUACGGCUGAGCAGCAAAAUUCAGAUGGUCCCCCCAAAAAGAGAGGUCUCUUAAAUGCCAUCAAACUGCCCAUAGCAAAUAUGGUGCCCAAAAAGAAAUCCGAUGAUGAUGUAGAACUAGGUAUGGGUAAAGCCGGCCUCGCCUCCAUGGAGACUUUGGAUGAUUCCCUUAAAGAUCAAGACUGUGUCGAUAAGGCAUCGACAAAGAAUAAUGGCGUGGAAGAGAUUGCAAAACUUAAGAAAUCUCCCAGUGGAGAGAUUAAACAGGCAAACGAUGAAAAAUCUCCCGAUGAAAUUGACGAACCACCAGUAUCAUUUUGUCAACGUUUACGUUCAUAUAAAUGCUCUGUGGAUGAUGCUCUAAUAGCUUUAGGCAUUUUACUAUUUGUCUUACUUAUAGCUGUUAUUGGUUAUGUGCUCUCGCAUGAGACACUUACCUCACCGCCCAUAAGAGAGGGUCGUUAUAUGGAUGCUGUUACCGGCUGUGGCAUGGUUGAAGGUUUGAAAGAAGAUGGUGCUUUCGCUUUUCGUGGUAUUCCUUAUGCUUUACCACCCGUGGGUGAUAGACGUUGGCGACCGGCUCAAAUAAUUGAAGGUAUCGAUGAUUGCUGGAAUGGCACUUUGAAAGCUCACAACUCCAGUGAACUGUGUACCCAGAGACUGGGCAAUGGCACGGUUGUGGGAGAUGAAGAUUGUCUGUAUUUGGAUGUAGUCACACCACAUGUACGCUACGAUAAUCCCUUACCGGUUAUAGUAAUGAUAGGAGCUGAGAGUCUAACUGGUCCUUCACCCGGAGUUCUUAGACCUUCGGCCCGUUACUCACGUUCCCAUGAUGUUAUAUUUGUAAGACCCAAUUUCCGUUUGGGAGCAUUUGGCUUUUUAGCCUUAGAAGCUUUAACCAAGGAUACUUAUCCUCAUACAUCCGGAAAUUAUGCUUUAAGUGAUAUUAUUGCAGCCCUCAAAUGGAUCAAAUUGAAUAUUGCUCAUUUUGGUGGCGAUCCCAAAUCAGUUACUUUAUUGGGUCACCGUGCUGGUGGUACUUUGGUAUCUGCCUUAGUUACAUCGAAAAAGGCCGAAGAUUUAUAUACACGAGCUUGGGUUUCCUCUGCCUCGGCCAUAUUGCCCGGCAAAGCUUUAACCGAAUCUGAGAAACGUAACCAGGAAAUUAUGCAAGCCAUUGAAUGCCAAGACGUGGACUGUCUACGCAGCACAACAGCCGAAAAAAUAUGGGAUGCUACCCCUGAUACUUGGUUACAUUUCCCUCUAGACGUUCCCACUUUAGAGGAAAACUCCACAGCUCACCACGAAUGGUUGGUAAUUGAUGGUGAUAUUUUACAAGAACAUCCUGCCGAAUCAUGGAAGAUUGAACAUACCGGUAAUCCCAAAUUGGUUAUGGGUACCACAGCUCAUGAAUCUCACACGGAUAAAUUACAUAAACGCACUAACUGGACGGCUGAAGAAGUACGCAAUUUCCUGGAAUCCUCUAAAAUUGGAGCUCUUAAUCUAACCGAUGAAGCCAUACAACGUUAUAAUGCUACAAACUAUCGUGCUCUCAUCUCAAUGAUCUCCGAUAUUCGCACCAUCUGUCCCCUACUAACAAAUGCCCGCCUUCAACCCUCAGUACCCUUCUAUGUGGUAACACAAGGUGAAGGAGAAGAACAAUUGGCAACUGUAGAUGCCGAUGUCCAGGCCAUAUUGGGCCGUUAUGAACCACACACUGUCGAACAAAGACGCUUUGUAUCGUCCAUGCAACAACUCUUCUACUACUAUGUCUCCCAUGGUACUAUGCCACAGUACGAGCCCAGAAGACGAGUACUUAAUAUCGGUCAAGAUCCUCUGCCACAAGAAGAUUAUCCCAAUUGUAAUUUCUGGAUUAGUAACGAUAUUGUACCACGUUAUGCUCGCGUCGAUUAAAUCCCUAAUAACUGAGACAUAACCCUAAAACUAAGCUCAGCUAUGACUGAUAAAGAUGAAGAUGCUUAUGAUGACUGAUUUAGUUUAACAUUAUAUUCUCGCCCUUACACUCACACUCAAAAUUAAACAAAAUUUAUUUUAGAGUGCGCAUCAUUCUGAAAAAAAAACAUUAUUUUGUGGGUGUGAACGAGGAAUAAAAUCCCUAUAAGCAGACGUUAACAGAAAUCUCCACAAUUUUCUCUUCUACUUCAUUCUAUAUACAUUUGUGAAUUAUAUAUUUUUUUAUUAUAAUUUCAUAUUUUAAUAUGAAUUGUAAGAAAAUAAUUU